UCUGAGAUUUACGCAGCCUCACAUUCCCAAGGCCUUAGCGAUGGCUGGAUUUCCGCUCACUCGCCGGAGCUCCGAUGAGAUUUCCGAAUUUUCUGAAGAGGGGACGAGUUUUUCCGACUUGGUUUUUGGGUUUCUGGAGGAAGAUCAAACUGUUCAAACUUCUUCAGAAAAUUCGUUCAGCUCCAAUGGCUACAACGAUGCCGACGAAGACGAAGAUGAAGAUCAUGAGAAUCCCUUCAAUGUUGAAGAAAACAAGGCCUUUUGGGAAGAACAAGACAGACAUCUCCAGGGAACAUUAUACAGAACAAGUUCAAUUGAGACGAAAAUCCGGCAAGCCACAAAGGACGCAUUAAGAGAAUUUAGCAGCAGGGUGGAUAAUCAAUGUGUGUGUCCAAGACCGGUCGCCGGAAGUUGCCGGAAUUGCUUGCAACGGGAAAUAUGCAACCGCCUUAUAAAUGUCGGCUACAAUUGUCUCAUUUGCAAAUCCAAGUGGAGGAACACACCUGAUUUCCCAUCAGGGGAGCACACUUUCUUGGAAGUUUUGGACAAAUCAAACCCAAAGAAAGGAGAUGUGAGGGUUGUGAUCGAGUUAAAUUUUCGAGCAGAGUUCGAGAUGGCGAGAGCCAGCAACGAAUACAACCGAUUGAUUAGCCGGUUGCCGGAAAUGUUUGUGGGCAAAUCGGAGAGAUUACGAAGCCUGAUCAAGAUUUUGUGCUGGGCGGCCAAAAAAUGCAUGAAGGAAAAGAAAAUGCACUUGGGGCCAUGGAGGAAGCACAAAUACAUGCAGGCUAAGUGGCUCAGCACAUGCGAGAGAAUGACACCGGAAAUAUUGCCGGUGGGUUUCUCCGACCGGCUACAGAAGCCUAAGGCCUCCAUGUUAACCUUUGAUUUGCUUGAGAAUUUGGCCGGAUUGCGUUUUGGUACUGCCGUUGAAGUUGUGUGAUUUGUGAGAAACAUAAAAUUUUGCCCCUCGGUUUUGGUUUUUUUUGCUCCUUGGAUUUGUAAAAUAGGGUGGUUUUGUAAGUUUCGGAGAAAAUAAUAAUUGAAGCGCUUGUAUUAUGGGAU